UGACGAUGAGGAUGCGAUUGUUGCUUGGACUGCUCGGGAUUAUCCUCGUUCAGAGCUGGACAUGAUGAAGGAGAAGUUCGCCAAGCUGCUGCUGGGCGAGGACAUGUCCGGCACCGGCAAGGGCGUGUCGUCCGCGCUGGCGCUCUCCAACGCCGUGACCAACCUGGCGGCGUCCGUCUUCGGCGAGCACCGCAAGCUGGAGCCCAUGGCGCCCGACACCAAGGAGCGCUGGAAGCGGGAGGUCGGCUGGCUGCUCUCCGUCACCGACCACGUCGUCGAGUUCGUGCCCACGAGGCAGACCGCGGAGAACGGCACAACCAUGGAGAUCAUGUCGACGGCGCAGCGGCGCGACCUGGCGAUGAACAUCCCGGCGCUGCGGAAGCUGGACGCCAUGCUCAUCGGGUACAUGGACAACUUCGUGGACCAGACCGAGUUCUGGUACGAGAAGGGCGGCGACAACAAGCGCGACGACGACAAGUGGUGGAUGCCGACGGUGAAGGUGCCGUCGGAGGGGCUGUCGGACGUGACCCGCAAGUGGCUGCAGUACCAGAAGGAGUGCGUGAACCAGGUGCUCAAGGCGGCCAUGGCCAUCAACGCGCAGGUGCUCGUGGAGAUGGAGAUCCCAGAGGUCUACAUCGAGUCGCUCCCGAAGAAAGGGAAGACGAGCCUCGGCGACGCCAUCUACCGGAGCAUCACCGAGGAGACGUUCGACCCGCUGGAGUUCCUGGCCAGCAUGGACCUGUCGACGGAGCACAAGGUGCUGGACCUCAAGAACCGCAUCGAGGCCUCCACCGUGAUCUGGAAGCGCAAGAUGCAGACCAAGGACUCCAAGUCGUCGUGGAGCUCCAUCGUGAGCUUCGAGAAGCGCGAGCAGUUCGAGGAGCGCGCCGAGACCAUCCUCCACCUCCUCAAGCUCCAGUUCCCCGGCACGCCGCAGUCGCAGCUCGACAUCUCCAAGAUCCAGUACAACAGGGACGUCGGGUACGCGCUCCUGGAGAGCUACUCGCGCGUGCUGGAGAGCCUGGCGUACAGCGUCAUGUCCCGCAUCGAGGACGUGCUGGCGGCGGACGCGGCGGCGCAGAACCUGACGGCGAGCGAGGCGGCGCGGCGGCUGAUGGAGUCAGCGGAGGCGCCCGCCGCGCGCAAGCUGGACGCCAAGGAGGAGCUCGAGAAGCUCAACGAGGCGCCCGCCUCCAUGACGCUCUUCGACUUCAUGGGCUGGCACUUCGACCAGGACGAGCUCAUGAAGCGCAGGGAGGACGGCACGCUCGACCCCGACGCCGAGGCCAAGCUCCUCAAGAAGGCGCCCAGCAUGGCCCCCGCCAAGAAGUUCUCCUACGUCGACAGCCUCUCCUCCGGCGGCAUGAGGAGCCCCUCCUCGCGCCAUUGAUGACCGACCGACCGACCACCCGGCUGGCCGGAGAAGAAGAAGAUGAUGGUGGCGGCGGAUCAUCCUCCGACGACCCGAUUCUUGCACGCGUGUACAUAGCUGAGGCGCAGCACGCCGUACGCACCUACUAGUGAUCCAUGUUCUCUUGGACAUCUUCUCUACUGAUGAUUCGUUUCUUGUCCUCUGCCUCUGCGUUUUUUUUUUUUUUUGAACUCUGCUUCUGCGUUCUAGAAGAGCAGAUUCUAGAUGAGGGGAGGGAGAGGGUGAGUGUUUUGGUCUGCGUACACAUUCAGAUCAGGAUUGCUGCUAGCUGCGCGCACUAGCUACUGAUUUUUUUUUUCUCUCAACUACUAGUAUGUACUGUACUUUGUACACGGCUCUCCAGAGCGGUUCUCCAGGAGAGGAGGCGUUUGGGCUCUGGAGAACUUGCAGUCAGGAAAAACACAAUGUAUUCUUUGAUUUGUUUCAAGCUAAUCAUUUUUUUGGA